AAAUGCUUCCUCUGCCUCCGAGACUCCACCUCCUUUGGGUGAGUCAACAUAACAGGAAGCAGGAAGUUCUCCCAUCUGUGCACGUAUAUAUCUGUCACAGGACUUUGCUUCUAAGUGAAACACUGAGCGCUGGGUCUCGGCAGAAUGGCAGGCAGGCUCUCGCUCCAAGAGGUCGACCUCUCCUGCCCCAUAUGCUGCGAAAUCUUCAAAGACCCCGUGGUCCUCAAGUGCAGCCACAGCUUCUGUUCACAAUGUCUGCAGGAGUACUGGAGGCAAGGACGGAGCCGAGACUGCCCUCUGUGCAGGACCCAGUCUCUGGACGACCCCGUGCCCAGUCUCACCCUGAAGAACCUGUGUGAGUCGUACAUCGAGGAGAGCGAGGGUCUGGGGGAGACGGGGGGAGAGCUGUACUGUGAUCCGGGGGAGAUGUGCCCUCUUCACGGGGAGAGGCUGAAGCUUUUUUGCCUGCUGGACAAGGAGGCCAUCUGUGUGGUGUGCCACACCUCAAAGAAGCACAAACAGCAUGAUUGUUGCCCCGUCAGCGAGGCCGUCGUAGAUGUGAAGGAGAAAAUGAAGUCAGCCCUCAUCUGUUUGCAAGAAAAGAAGGAUGCUUUUGACAAAAUGAAGAAAAACUACGAGGACACUGUGGCGUACAUUCAGGUCCAAGCUCGAUUUGUGGAGAGGCGAACCCGCGAGGAGUUUGAAAAGCUUCGCUCUUUCCUGCAAGCCGAGGAAGAGGCCCGGAUGGAUGCGCUGAAGAUGGAGGAAGAGCAGAGGAGUAGAGCGAUGAUGAAGGAGAUCGAGAAAAUUACCAGAGAUAUAGCGUCCGUGUCCGAAUCCAUCAGGGCUUUAGAGGAGGAGAUAGCUUUGGAGGGCAUCUCUGUCCUUCAUAAAUGCCGGAAGACAUUGGCAAGAUCUAACUGCCCAAUUGCAGAUCCAGUCAUGGACCCCGGAGCGCUUAUAGAUGUGGCCAAAUAUGUGGGCUCUCUGAGCUUCCACGUCUGGGAGAAGAUGCAUAAAAUCGUCAAAUACACCCCAGUGACUCUGGACCCCAACACGGCUGCCCCGUGGCUCGUGCUGUCAGACGACCUCACCAGCGUGUGUGACAGCGAUGAGAAGCAGAAGCUGCCCGACAACCCGGAGAGGUAUGACCCCGACACCGGUGUACUGGGCCGUGAGGGCUUCACCUCAGGAAAGCGCUCCUGGGACGUCUGCGUGGGAGACAACACGGCGUGGGUUGUCGGCGUGGCUAAAACGUCCGUCCAGAGAAAAGAGAAAGUGUCUUCAGUGCUGAAGAACGGCUACCUGUGUGUCUACUUUUACCACAAAAUGUACUUUGCGGGUACUUCUCCUCUAACAAGGCUCAACUUGAAGAGGAACCCGCAGAGAGUCAGAGUGCAGCUGGACUGUGACAAGGGCCGGGUGUCUUUCUACGACCCGCUUGACAACACACACAUAUACACCUUCAAGCACGCCAUCACCGAGAGAGUGUUUCCUUACUUCUGGGUGGGUUGUCAGCAGUGCCCUUUGACGGUCGAACCGCUGGAGGUUUCUGUGAAAGCGACCGAGUAUUGUUGAAAGCGCCACUUUGCAGAUUUCUUCAGCACAAAAAAAGGGAAUGGGAGCCUGCAUACUUACAGCACUUUUCUUUCCUGUUUGUAUACAACGUCCUUCAGCAUUUUCAAAGUUUCCAGUUUAAACCUAACGACUACUUACUGUGCACUUAUUUCAGUUUGAUCUCUGUGCUAUGAGCUACUCUAAAACGUCUUUAAAAGUAAACAGUAUAGGUGUGUUUUGAAAUUAUGAUGAAAUUCUGAAAUAAUACAGCUGAUUCUGAGUUUGAAUGUCAAACUCUAAAUGUUGGAUUGGUUUGGCGUUACGGCUAUAUGGCAAUCACUGAAUAUGCUUUAUGCUUUUCUAUGGUUUAUGCAAACAUUAAUAUUAUUACAGACUUUUCAAAGUGCUAAUUUACAAAUAAAUAAUUUGCAGGUAUCUUGA